CCGAAUUAAAAUAAUUAGACCAAAAAGCUGUUCGUUUGUUGAACGAAAGCUUUGAUCAUUCCAUCCCCUCUUCUUCAUCUUCCCGACAAGUUACGACUCUCCCAUCGUCAAUCUGACCAGUCAGGUCUGCCGAAUCGAAGGUUGUUCUCAUCAAUCAAGGACAUCGCAUCGGUCGGAUCGCCAUGGAAGUUACAUCUGAGGAGACCACCAAGAUGUGCACUCACUGUGAGAGAUCAAUCCCUUCUUCAAAUAUUGAUCUGCAUUUUGCUCACUGUUCGCGGAAUCUGGAAAAAUGCAAAAUCUGUGGUGACAUGAUUCCGAGAAAACAUGCUGAGGAACAUUUUGUGAACACCCAUGCACCGAUAUCCUGUUCACUCUGCAGUGAGAUGAUGGAACGUGAUAUUUUAGCUGUGCAUAAAGGAGAAAAUUGCCCCCAGCGAAUUGUUACGUGCGAAUUCUGCGAGUUCCCUCUGCCUGCAAUCGAUCUGGCUGAGCAUCAGGAAGUAUGCGGGAACAGAACAGAGCUCUGUCAUCUUUGUAACAGAUACAUCAGACUCCGAGAAAGAUACAACCAUGAGAGUAGGUGCAAUGGAAUGUUAGAUCAGACUGCAGGACCUUCCAGGGACACGAGGCCAGCUGAGAGAGAUGAUAACCGAAGAGCGCACCGCCCACCGCAUGAGUUUUCACCAAAGCGUGUCCUCUUUACUAUCGCUAUUACGGGCAUAGCUGUCCUCCUUGGGUCCUUCUAUUACCAGAGGAAGAUGGAGAACAACCCUGUUCACUGAUAGGAGCUCUGGUACACAGUGUCGAGCCUCCUUGUGUAAUAUCGGAUCCAAAGCAGUGUAUCUCAUCCUAUAGAGGUUCUGGGUUAUCCGGAGAGUAUAGUCUUUCUAUACGUAUUGUUUCUUUUGUAUUGCGAGACACGUGACUAUGCUGUUGGUGUAUUCUGGGUUCCUCUAAUGGUGGUUUGGUCUUAUCGAAGACACGAACAUUAUGCGAUGAAUCUGUUUUUUCCGUA